AUGCCUUCAUCCUACAGACCAAUUAGCCUCAGCUCCUUUCUCCUAAAAGGCAUGGAGAAAAUCUUGGAUCAACAUAUCAGAGAAGUCAACCUAGCGGAACGACCACUGAAUAAGAACCAAUUUGCCUAUCAACCAGGCAAGUCCACUGAGACUGCCAUUCACAGCCUUACAUCGAAAAUCGAAAAGGCUCUGGAGUCUAAGAACAUAGCCCUUUGUGCCUUCAUUGACAUUUCAGGGGCUUUUGACAACACGUCAUACAGGGCAAUAAGAGAUGCCCUGAUAUGCAAGGGAGUGAGCCCAAUCAUAAUAAAUUGGGUGCUUUCUAUGCUAAAAACAAGGAAGAUCAGGAUGGAGCUGGGAGGCACGAAAGAAUCGAUUACAGCCACAAGAGGUUGCCCUCAAGGGGGUGUACUCUCUCCUCUUCUGUGGACUAUGGUUAUAGACGAACUCCUGUUCCUACUGAACGACCAUGGCUUUGAAACACAAGGAUAUGCAGACGAUCUGGUAAUUUGUGUAACAGGGCUGCAUGACGAAACGAUCUCCAACCGCAUGCAACAAGCCCUGCGCAUUACGCAAAGAUGGUGUGACACCAAAGGAUUAUCCAUUAAUCCUACUAAAUCUAUUCUGGUUCCAUUUACCCGGAGGAAAAAGUUAUCCAUGACAGAAUUGACUCUGGGCGGCACUAGAAUAGGGCUCUCAAAUGAAGCAAAAUACCUGGGGGUGUGGCUAGAUAAGACACUCACCUGGAAUGUACAUUUGGAUGCAACCGUAAACAAGGCAAUGAGAGCCUUCUUCGCAUGCAAGCGACUUUACGGGAAGACAUGGGGACUCUCCCCCAAAAUGACUUACUGGUCAUUCAACACAGUUGUGAAGCCGAUAGUCACCUAUGCAUCCUUGGCAUGGUGGACAAAAGCGACACAAAGAACUGCUAGCGCAAAACUAAGCAAACUACACCGAAUGGUGUGCAUUGGUAUAACAGGGGCUAUGCGGACCUGUCCUGCUGAUGCACUUAGUGCUCUUGUAGGCAUGCCGCCCUUCCCAAUUCUAAUAGAGAGGGAGGCCAGUCUCUCGGCACUGAGAAUCCUAAACACUUCCGAGUUAAAAACCGGAAACAUGACAGGUCAUAUGAAGGUCCUUAUGAAAUUCACAAAUGACCCCAUAAUGCAUAUGAGGGACUCAGUAGCUCCGAUACUAGUAAUUUCUAGGAAUUUCAAGGUAUCUAUUGCGGACCGAGCAUCCUGGAGCACAGGAAACCCCUACACCAAACCCGGAGCUGAAGUUUGGUACACUGACGGAUCAAAACUUGAAGAUGGAAAAACUGGAGCUGGUAUAUUGGGGCCGAAUUUUAAAAGAUCGAUACCAAUGGGCAGCUACCCCACCAUUUUUCAAGCAGAGAUUCAUGCGAUCGAUAUCUGUGGCAGAGAAUGCCUCAGAAGAGGCACAUCCUCUAAAAACAUCUGCAUUAUGUCGGACAGUCAGGCUGCCUUGCUAGCACUGAGGUCCCACAUAAUAACAUCCAAACUAGUGUACGACUGCCUCAACACCCUAAACGGUCUUGGAAGCAAGAACACAGUAUUACUGGGCUGGGUGCCGGGGCACGAGGGCCAUGACGGCAAUGAACAGGCGGACCGCCUAGCAAAACACGGAGCUACCACACUAUUCUAUGGCCCGGAACCCUUCUGCGGGCUCACCAAAGCCCACUUAAGGGAGGUCAUAAACAAGUGGGUCGACAAAAAAUUCGAAAGGCACUGGAAUGAAUGUCCGGGGCAAAGACAAGCUAAGCGGUUCAUCUGUCCAUCACAAGAAGCUUCAAAAAAGCUCAUAAAUCUAGGCAGGGAGGACCUUCGAACUCUCACUGGGUACUACACGGGACAUUGUUCCCUGCGUUAUCACCUCAGUAAAAUGAAUCUUUCAGACACGAGCGUCUGUCGCUUCUGUGAGAUGGACGAAGAAACGCCAGAACACAUCCUUUGUGAAUGUGUUGCUCUCGCUAGACGCAGACUCGCUCACCUAGGCGGUACAACACUUAAUCCAUUCGAAAUAUGGAACAAAAAGCCCACCGAAGUGCUAGCUUAUAUUAAAAGCCUUCAUAUAUAG